CUGUGUGUGUAAUUUUCCUGGGUGUGCCAUAGUGCCUCGCGCUCUUUGGUUUCCAUCUAUCUUCACUUCUCCUAAUCCAUACCGUGAACAUGUUUUUUUUUGCCAGUAGAAUCACUAAUUCAGCAGGUAGAGUUAGCAUAUUUUAAGGGCAAUGUAUGUACCGUGAAAACAAAUUAUCCUUUAGGAUGAAAUGUGUGGAUAGAAUCAAUGCAAAAGAAAGUUUACGUUCGUUUUGCUUCCGCUGUUAUUCAUUAUAUUACCUUAUUUAAUUCAGGAAUUUUGUAGACAAAUGAAUGCUAGGUCUGAAUCAAACUACAUCAUUUGUGGCAACACACACUCAAUCUGAGACAAAUUCAAAUAAGCAUCACCAAAGGACUAUUGGACUUACGCAAACUUCAUUGAGAGGCAAACAGAAGAUGGCUGAUAAACCCCAGAGCGUGAGGGGCACCCAGCAGUAGGUUCUCACUUCCAAGCCUGCUUCUCUCCACCACCAUGAUGCAGCAUCACCUACGCCGAUGCAGUGCCACUGCCUUCACCAUGAUCCGAUGUCUCUGCCACUUCCCGACUUCCAUAUCUGUGUCGCCUCGACUGGAAUGGAAGUGCCCUUCGCCCCGGCUAUUCUCCACUAACGAGAUGAGCCAGCAGCUUCCAGCGAACCUGGUGGGGGUCAUGGAGCAGAGAAUGAAAUUGAUUGAGCAGAGGAGUGUGUACCUCCAGGGGCAAAUAAAUCAGCCAGAUGCCUCGCCUGAAGAAUACUCAAGGGCCAACAAGGAGCUCCACAAAUUGGAGGGUACUAUGAAUAUGAUCAAGGAGCUGAGGUCCAAACAGGAGGAAAUUGACGGUUUGAAAUCUUUGGUAACAAACUCCGUUGAAGAGAAGGAUUUGCGUGAGAUGGCAGCUCAGGAACUCCUUGAGGCUCUAGAGGAGGAGAAGCAACUGCAGCACAAGCUGUUCCGAUCUUUACUUCCAAAAGAUGAAGCUGAUGAGAGGGAUUGCAUAUUGGAGGUCCGUGCAGGUACUGGAGGAGAAGAGGCAUCUUUAUUUGCGAUGGACAUAUUUAAAAUGUAUGAGAGGUACUCCCAAAAGAACGGUUGGAAAUUUGAUGCUAUUAAUAUCAUGGAGUCUGCAUUAAAAGGAUACAAGGAAGCUAGUGGAACUAUAUCAGGUCCUGGGGCAUAUGGCAAACUCAAGUUUGAGAGUGGAAUCCAUAGAGUUCAGCGAGUGCCAGUGACGGAGAAAUCUGGACGGGUGCACACCAGUGCUGUAUCUGUUGCUAUUCUUCCUCAAGCUGAUGAGGUUGAUGUCCAAUUGCAUAAUGAAGACUUGAGAAUUGAUACCUACAGAUCCGGUGGUUCUGGAGGCCAGUCUGUCAAUACGACUGAUAGUGCUGUUAGAAUAACUCAUGUUCCAACCGGGACAGUUGUUGCAAUACAAGACGAGAGGUCACAGCAUCAGAAUAAGGCCAAAGCCCUCAAAGUUCUUCGGGCAAGACUUUAUGAAAUUGAAAGGCAUCGACUCCAUAUGGACCGGUCAAAGCUUCGAUCAGAGCAGAUUGGAAGCGGUGACAGGUCUGAACGUAUCCGAACAUACAACUUUCCACAAGGGCGUGUUACCGAUCAUCGUGUUGGAAUCACACACCACUCCAUAGAAGAUGUUAUGGAGGGGGAGAGCUUGGACAUCUUUAUUGAUGCGCUCCUCCUGCGUGAAGAGAUGGAUGCAAUUGCUUCAUUUGCUUCUUAAGUCAUUCUAAUUUUGUGCUUUCUUAGAGCAUCUACUACAUGAACAAAAGAGAGAAGGAACCCUGUAAAUCAACAGUGAACCGUCCGAGACAGCAUCGAGAAUCUUGAGUUCUCAAAAUUUUUCUUAUCCUAAAUAUAGAAGCAUGUAGCUUAGGAUCAUUUGAUGUAUCCCCAUAUUCUGAAAGUAGUCGCAGUUAAACACAUCUUCUGGACUUCAUAAUUUUUGUGGGUUGCUGAAUCAUAUUUGUGGGUAACUAAAUCACGAGUGGCUGCCAUUUCGGUGUUAGUUCAGUUAAAUGGGAUUACAGUUUUAUACUAAAAAAGUGGAAUUACAGUUUGGACAUAGAAGUAUUGUUCAUAAUAGUCUCUAUAUACUCUAGUUGAAAUGGUCAAGGAAUUCCUUACCAUGGGUGCAGCGAACGCUAAUCUCUGUCUUUAUUUGUAAAGAGGGCUAACGAAGCCUCCAUGUUUGUCUUGGAGACCUGUAAAU